AUGGCCAACUUUACUGCUAUAAAUCCCAUCAUGAGUAAUUCUUCAGAUUAUAGUCUAUGCAGGUUUGAAGACUACGAUCCCAACAGCAGCCCUGAGAAAGCAAAGCGCGCAAUUUUCAUCUUACUGAGUAUAAUAGGAAUGUUAGAGAAUGUUUUUAUCAUCGCUAUGGUUUUCAAACAYAUUUCUCGCUCAAAUCUCUGCUAUCUGGUUGCUAAUAUGGCCGUAGCGGAUAGUUUGUACAUCAUCGUUGGAUUUUAUAGAAGAAYAACGUGGCUGUUCAGCAAAACUGCGUACCCUGACAAUCAAAUUUGGGGUGAUAUUCUCUGUAAAGUCAUWGAGUUUGCGUUCCGUGUCUCRUACAGAGUUUCCUUAGUUWCUCUUUUGAUAAUCAGCAUCGAAAGAUUUAAAGUUACGAGRGAAACACUGCAGAGAUUGAAGCCGUACACAGUGAAGCAACGAUUKGUAGUUUUCGGUUUCUGCUGGUUAAUACCCAUGGCAUUCGCUGUUUAUUUGUUGUACGAAGUCAAAUCCCUUGCCGGGAUGUGCACUGUUUUACCAAGCAAUUUGGCCAUGYCRUUACUUCUGUCCAGCGCCGACUUAGCAAGCUUAAUUUCUUUAGUCAUAACAUUCAUUCUGAGUAUUAUAACAGCCAAAAGACUUUCCAAACCACAGGCCAUUCAAGCAUUUCUCAAUGAUGAAGAGCGCCAGAAACGAGCAGCUCGAACAAAAGCAGCUGUACGUAUGGUCCUAGCUUCUGUAUUGCUGUAUACGAUCUGCUGGCUUCCACUGUUCAUCAUUCGAUUUYUACGMAAUUUUGGAGAUUCWAUCUUUGGUUUGACYGGGAGUGGGAUSAUYAUCGAUUUGUCAGUCUGCAUUGAUUGGGGUUCUCUCAAUUUCGUUGUAUAUUUUUUUCUACCUCUAAUCAACUCGUGUUUGAGUCCGUGUAUUUACAUAAUGUUUCUCUCUGAAUUUCGAGAGCAAGCAAAGAAGGUAUUUUGUUCUACGGCUUGCAGCAGACGGAAUGAUGAGCUUGAAUUGCAGGCAACUGGAAGGCUGAACAAUAACAGGAAUUAA